UUGUCCAGUUCAAAAAUGUAAAUCCACAUGUCCACAUUGUGGACAUAAACUAACCUCAAAUAAGUUAUAAUAAUAAUAAUGUUCGACAAUAACAACAAUUUUGUAUAAAAAUAAAAUAUUAAGUAAUUUAUAAAAUCAGUGUUUGAAAAAGUAAUUAAGAUGAACCGAGGCAUUGUGAUGAUGCGAUCUUUGAUUUCAAAUUUUCGAAGUCAAAAUUAUAGCACUCUACCUAAAGAAGCUAUAAUAUAUUUAGAUAAAGAAACGAUUGUUUGCUGGCAUCCAGAGCAACCUUUUCCGUAUAAAUAUUCAAGACCUUUACCCAAAGAAAGAAUACCAAAAACAAUGUUACAAAUUGGUAGACAAGAAAUAAAUGAAGCAUAUGAACUUAAAACAGAACAACAAAUAGCAGAUGAACUUGCUCAAUUAACACAAACAACAAAACAUAGAUGGUUCCCAAGAAGUAGAGAUAAAAAAGCUAAGAAAACACCACGUGAAAGAAAAUAUAUGUAAAGUUUUCAUCAUUUAUAGUUGCAUAAAUUUUUCUAUUAUUAUUAUUGUUUAUAAUUAAUGUAGUAUCAGUAAAUAAAAUUUAUUAUUAAAAAAAAAAGAAGAAA